UUUCAACUUAAGAUUCCCUUCAACCGAAAUGAAUCUUUUCUCUAUCUAUCUCAACUCCUUGAAUUUGACAAAACUUGUCAUUUUGGAAAUUUAAGUUAUCCAAAGGAAAAAAAAAAAUCAAUAUAAAUUAAAAAAAGGUCCAAAACUAUAGUAUAAAGAGUGGAGAGAGAAAGAAUAAGGGUGAGAAAAACUGCAGGAAAGAGAAGUCAAGAUCAAAAUUCAGAACAUGGGUAGUCAAGAAGAUGAGAGAUUGCUCUUAGAACACGAACAUGGCAUUUUACAGGAGAAUGGCGAACAAUAUACUGGAGAUGGGUCAGUUGAUCUCAAAGGGAAUCCUGUCCUGAAGAGCAAAACUGGAAAUUGGAGAGCCUGCCCCUUUAUUCUUGGUACAGAAUGCUGUGAGCGUCUUGCUUAUUACGGUAUUGCCACAAAUCUUGUCAGUUAUCUGACAAAAAAACUGCAUCAGGGAAACGUCUCUGCUGCAAGGAAUGUUACAACCUGGUCAGGAACUUGUUACCUAACGCCACUUAUUGGAGCUGUCUUAGCUGAUGCAUAUUUGGGAAGAUAUUGGACGAUUGCUGUGUUCUCCACAAUUUACUUCAUUGGAAUGUGUACCUUGACUUUAUCUGCCUCAGUUUAUGCAUUAAUGCCUCCUGAAUGCCUAGGUUCAUUUUGCCCUCCAGCUUCGCCAGCACAGUAUGGAGUAUUCUUUUUGGGCCUCUAUCUAAUUGCAUUGGGGACUGGAGGGAUUAAGCCAUGUGUAUCAUCUUUUGGUGCUGAUCAGUUUGAUGAUACCGACCCCAACGAGAGGGUGAAGAAAGGAUCCUUUUUUAAUUGGUUUUAUUUCUCUAUCAACAUUGGUGCCUUAGUAUCGAGUACACUUAUUGUUUGGAUGCAAGAGAAUGCUGGAUGGGGCCUAGGCUUUGGUGUUCCGGCAAUAUUCAUGGGAAUUGCUAUUGCAAGUUUCUUUUCUGGAACUGCCCUCUAUAGGUUUCAAAAACCUGGGGGAAGCCCAUUGACAAGAAUGUGUCAGGUUGUUGUUGCAUCAUUCCGUAAGUGCAAAGUAGAGGCCCCCCAAGAUAGUAGUCUCCUGUUUGAAACUCAGGACAAACAUUCAGCUAUCGAGGGAAGUCGAAAGCUGGAGCAUACUGAAGAACUAAAGUGCCUGGAUAAGGCUGCUGUGGUGUCGGAUGCUGACAUGAAAAGUGGGGAUUUUUCUAACCCAUGGAGAUUGUGCACCGUAACACAGGUGGAAGAAUUGAAGAUCUUGAUCCGUAUGUUCCCUAUAUGGGCAACUGGAAUAGUUUUUGCUGCUGUUUAUGCCCAGAUGUCAACAAUGUUUGUUGAGCAGGGAACAGUGAUGGACCGAAGAAUUGGAUCCUUCACCAUACCAGCAGCAACAUUAUCCACUUUUGAUGUCAUCAGUGUUAUAUUCUGGGUCCCAAUAUAUGAUAGUUUUCUCGUUCCUAUAGCUAGGAGGUUCACUGGCCAAGAAAGAGGGUUUUCAGAACUACAAAGAAUGGGCAUUGGCCUCUUCAUCUCCAUUCUUUCCAUGGUAGCUGCUGCUGUAGUGGAGAUCAGACGUUUGCAGAUUGCCAGGGAACUGGGUUUGGUCAAUGAAGAUGUUCCAGUCCCAAUGAAUAUCUUUUGGCAAGUACCGCAAUACUUCUUGGUAGGGGGAGCAGAGGUAUUUACUUUCGUAGGGCAAUUGGAAUUCUUCUAUGACCAGUCACCUGAUGCAAUGCGAAGUUUGUGUAGUGCACUUUCUCUCCUCACAACAUCACUCGGUAAUUACUUGAGCUCAUUGAUUCUGACAAUUGUGACAGCCAUCACAACUGCUGGAGGAAACCCAGGAUGGAUACCAGAUAAUCUUAACCAGGGUCACCUCGAUAAUUUCUUCUGGCUCUUGGCUGGACUGAGUUUCUUAAACAUGGUGGUGUAUAUUUUCUGCUCUCUGAAGUACAAACAGAAGAUGGCUUCCUAGGGAAGCUUGCUAGCCUGCUGCUACUGCUGGUGUUAGUUUACAAUGAAAUUCUGAUGCUUCAGCUGAAAUUGAAGGGCUGUAUCAUAGUUAGAUAGGAACCCCUUUUUUUCACUUGUAACAACUUCAGGAAAAUCAAAGUACUCGUAUGUUUCUUUCUCACAUGAAUAUAAUUUUUUCUUUGCUUUUGUAUUGGAUUUAUUUAAUUAAUGAACCACAGUUUCUGUGAUGGAAAUUAUAAGCCGUUCAUGUUU